AUGUUCUUUGCAGCCUAUUGUAUAUACGAGAAAUACUACAAUGAAAAAUUAUUAAAAGAGAGACGCGAUUUUUUCAAGGAGCGAUACAUAGAACGCUCUCGGCUGACUUUUUCCGGUUUGCCUCAGAGAGACUUCACGGGUAAAAUCAGCCACUUGACCGAUGACUUCGGAAUAUUUGAAAACUUCAUCUAUUUCGACAGAAACAGUGCUUCGCGAUCAACGGAUAUCCAAAUUGGAACUAAGGUUGUUGUCACGGCGUACUGCGAUGACUUUUUCGAAAAUUACCAAUUUGUUAGGAUGAGAGUAGUAAAAGAAGAAGAUGAGGUAACUAUGAGUACUACUGUGUUUAUAACGUGCAUUGAUCAUUACGAAGACAGAGGGCAGAAUAUCAGAUUAACUAAUGGACAAUUGGUAGAAACGCGUAACGUUGAUCAAACUCACAGCUUGAUGCCAGGUGACUGGGUUAGGGUGACGUCUAGUGGAAAGCCAGAUGAGUUUACGAAAAAUCAGAAGGUUGCAUACCUGGAGGCUUUGCGUCUCAUCGAAUGUGAGUCGAUCGUUUCAGAAACCCAAAGACGAGGAUUUCUGACCAAAAAUCAGGCUUUCAUACCAGAGGAGAUUGUGCAUCAGUCCAACUGUGAAAUCACUAUAGGAAGCAAAGUAAAAAUGACGUGUGUCGAAAGCAAAAUGCAUCCUAGGAGCAAUUGGAGAGCAGUAAUUGUCGAGCUGAUCGAUGAGUCUCAAAAUUCCGAAGAUAUGUCUUUGCAGAGUUCGCGACUAAGUCUUACGGAGUCUCUUUUGACAGAUAUGGGCAUUAGAAUUGAACCAGUAUCUAUGGUUUUCUCGGAAGCAGCAGUUGGCACAACAAAAAUACAAUAUUUUACAGUUUCAACUGAGAAAAGAGAAACGGCGAAGCUAUUGAGUGUGUCGUUGGCUUCUUUGGGAACACCUUAUUCUUUGUUUAUUGAUGACAAACUAGUUAUUGAUUGUUUGUUUCCGUGUAUUAUUCGGAAAGAAAAACCAUUGUUUGUGAAAGUUGUGUUGAAUUCAGAAGACGUGGGUCGUAAUGAAACAUUCUGCAAGUUUUGUUUUGAAAAUGGACAGGCUCUCAGAAAAGUGAGCUCCACCGUUUUUUCGCCGGACGAGCUCAUGUUUGACACUAAGUCCCUGAUGGCCUCCACAAGCCACGGUGGAAAAAGUCACGGAAAUGCCCUGGACAGGUCAAGAAAUACAGGCAGUUUCGUGCCAGGAGUAAAACCAGUUUACAGUAGCAAAGCUGGAACUCCAGUUAGGUUUCAUCAUUACCCUGUGCCAGAUCAAAUUAAAUCUGCAGUUAUGGACAAAAGAGACAUGUCUGUUGUAUGUCCUGAGUUGUUGAUGCCAUUGAGCGCAAAGAACUACCAGGCGAAGUUCCAUGCGUUGUUGUACAUAGAAGAGGUUGAAAGUGACCUUGAAAUGGCAGUUUUUGACUUGAACAAUGUGCAAAUGAGGCCAGAUAAUGAAUUUCUUUGUCUUGAGGUCCCUGGAUUGUCCGAAGGUAGACCUUCGUUGCUCGUUGGAGACCGUAUUCUGAUGAAACAAUCGAAUGACAUCUAUGGAUUCAACUCUCCGUGUAAUGAAGCAUACAUUCAUAAAGUGACAGCGUCUACGAUUUUUCUCAGAUUCAAUGAGGCUUUUCAUAGAUCGUAUGAUGGUUACGAGGUAGACGUUCAAUUUCUACCGAAUAGAAAUUCGUUCAAGAAAGCGCAUCUGGCUGUAGACUACUCGUCCAAUUUUCCUACGUGGUUGCUAUUUCCUCAGUGGUUAGAGGUAAAGCAGCCAUUAUAUGUUCCAGGAUCGAAGAGUCGUCCUAGAGUCGUUAAGCCAUCUAGGGCUGCAUUCGGUUAUGGAUAUGAAGUGAAUGUACCGUUUGCAGCGCCUGUGAUGCCUCUGCUUCAUGGUGGAAUCCGAAACAAUACGCGCAGAGACAGUGGUCGGAUACAUAGAAAAGCACAACCUUUAGACACAAGUGUUUGUGAGUCGCCCAGACAAAGCAGGGAGUUUUUCAACCCCAACUUAAAUGAGAGACAACAAGCAGCUGUCCGAAGGAUUUUGGCGGCCGAAUGUCGCCCAAUUCCGUAUAUUCUGUUUGGACCUCCAGGAACUGGGAAGACGAUCACAGUUGUAGAGAGCAUUCUCCAAGUGUUUGUUUGCAUACCGGAGUCGAGAAUUCUUGCAUGUGCACCUUCAAACAGUGCAGCGGAUUUGAUCGUUCAGCGCAUCAAUUCAUCGGGAAUUGUAGGAAUGGAUGACGCUGUGAGAUUCAAUGGAGCAAACCGUUCGCUUAACUCGGUUCCCGAUGACAUCAUCAAGUACUGCUGCAAUGACAUGGACGAGCUAGAAACCAUUGUGAGGUACAGAAUUGUAGUCUGCACAUGUACUACAGCUGGAAAUUUCUUCUCGUUAGAGCUGAAGCCAAGUCAUUUCACACAUGUAUUUGUCGAUGAGGCGGGGCAGGCGACUGAACCAGAGACUAUGGUGCCUCUAGUGCUAACGGCUGGAAACCCGGAAGCUAUGGUGAUUUUGGCGGGAGAUCCGAUGCAACUCGGACCUGUGCUGCGGUCUCACGAAGCCGAAGAGUACGGUUUAGGAGAAUCGUUUCUGGCACGGCUGUCCAAUCGAAAGCUAUACGCGAGAGACGAGUCUGUUUUCGCGAAGGAGGGGAACUACAAUCCGAAAGUCAUGACGAAGCUUGUAGAUAAUUACAGGUCACAUUUCACUUUGCUAACAAUUCCGAGUCGUAUAUUCUACAACGACGAACUAAUUGCGUGUGCUGAUGGAAAAUUGGUUGAUACUUUCGUUAAUUGGCAGCAUCUGCCAAAUAAAGAGAUGCCGCUCAUUUUCUGUGGUGUAAGAGGCAAUGAUUUGCGAGAGAAUGAUAGCCCGUCUUGGUUCAAUACUACUGAAGUUGUCCAAGUUGUCAAAUAUGUCAAACUGAUAUUAGAUGACCAAAUGGUACCAAGCUAUGAUAUCGGAAUCAUAACUCCUUACAGAAAACAGGUAGAAAAAUUGAGGCAGUUCAUGGCGACGUUUGAAUUUGGAAAGAUGAAAGUUGGAUCGGUAGAAGAGUUUCAAGGACAAGAAAGGCAAGUCAUAAUUCUUUCUACUGUCCGGUCAGAUGAAAGCAAAGUUGAAAGCGAUGUUUUUCACAACCUGGGAUUCCUGUCAAACCCCCGCCGCUUCAACGUUUCUAUAACCAGAUCACAAGCACUGCUGAUAAUUGUAGGUAACCCUUUUGUUCUCAUGAAAGACCAGUAUUGGAAUUCGUUCAUGGAAUACGCCAUCAUGAAUGGAUGCUAUGUUGGAUGCGAACCACCUCAGAAAUUUGUGCAAAAUCAAGACGAUUAUAUUAAACCUUUCAUCGCAACACAGGAAGUUAUGGAAGAAACGUUUCUACCACUAGAUGAGGAGGUAUCGAAGGAUAUUCAAAUUAGAAACGGAGAUGUUUCUACAUUGGCGACUGAAAUAGGACCUGAAGCACUGGCGACUAUUGACAAUUUGAGCGUUCCGAUGUCAUCUGCAAAGACAACAGAAACGGGGAGUCCACUUUCAAUCAAUCUAAUCGACACGUCGGAGAAACACGACGAUUCAUCUCCAAAAAGUCCAGUCGCUUUUGCACAAGAAGUGAGCGAUAGAAGCUCAUCGGCAGAGAUCGACAGCGGAGAAUCGAUUCCAUUUGAGUUCAAUCUGGCCGAAUCCAGGGAAAACUCAGAAAAUGCUUCAGAAGAGUCUAAUUUAAUAGGCGAUGCAGAGACAUUCGCAUCGAGAAGUUCUGGAACGAAGUCUCGACCCAUUAGUGCGAAUAGUGUAGCGUCGGGAAGUGGUGUGACUUCGAACGGAUCUGUAGAUCAAUUUAAUACGUCGGCGCUAGAUAGCAAUUUAUCGCCCUCGUACCAAGUGCCUUCGGCUAAUGAUCCUGUAUGGAAACUAACCGAAGGCAGAAGUCCAAACUCGAUGCUGGAAGGAAGCUCGGACAUGGUCGACAAAAAUUUGGCUAAUUUUGAGUCUGGUGGUGAAACAGCAGAAAAAUUAAGUGCUAUGAAACAUGGAAAACCAAUUCGAACGCCUAAUACCGAAAAUGACUUACAGGAAACUGAAGCCAGAGUUGAUGAUCUGGAAAGUCCUGGGCCACGUGAUCCAAAUGAAAGCGAACAGACACCUCGCGUCUCCGAAGACGUCAAGCCUGAAGUUUUGUACCGAAAAGAUUCAAAAGAUAUGUACAACACAGAACCUUCCACAGCUGUUGAAGGUAGCAUAAAUUUGAACUCAUUUCACCUUCCAGAUUUCGAGUCAGGGGUGAAACCAGUGUCUAAAUAUUCAACCAGUACUCUGAAGCAGCAAUUGAUGAGCCCUGAAUCCCCGAGUGCAAUUUACUCAGACUUCUCAGCUUCGCCAGCGCCAGAUGUCGGGAGUGAUGGAAUGACAAUUGAUUCUGAGUUAUCGACUCAAUCGAAUGAAUCAAAGAUUGCGAACUCUUUUGAGUACCAUCGUGAUUUGACUCCAAAUGAGACACUAGAUAGCAGCAAGACACCUUUCUUCAAUCUAACAGCUACGCAUGCUGAAAUGGACAGCGAAAUGUACGAUUCAAUUGAACCGUUCCCUGAAGAGUUGGAAACUCUUAAAUAUGCAACUAGCAAUAUUUUGAAGAAAGCAGCUCAAAAAAGCGAAAAGAUAUCAGAUAAGAGAGAAGCUAAGGUGGAGUUGGUUGAAAGCUCGAAUAGCGUAGUAAGAUCAGAGGCUGAAGGGAAUGCAAUGGAGGAGGAGGUUUCUAAGGAAUGCAACAAACCGGCUUGUAUUGAAAAACGGGAAGCAAUUGCAAAUCUUUCAGGUUUGUCUGAAGAAGAACAAUUGAAAGUUGAGAUACCCGAAGGGGACCCAAGUUGUACAAUAUGCGCCAGGGUGGGCAAAUAUUUAAACAAAAACGACCAGGAUGCAGAAUUAUCACCAGACGCGACAUCGAAGCACGUUACAUUUCAUUCGGGACGACUUAGUGCUAUCGAAGCAGACAGAAGUUGCUCGCACAAUGAAAACAAAACAGACUGCAAGGUUUGCGCCAAUGUUGCUGAGAAAAUGAGAAACGAAGCAGCGAGUAGGCAGGAUGAAAGUCUCAUAAGUUCGUCCAAUAAGUUUGGGUCAUACAAGAGAGCUUCCGACGAGGCGAAAACAACGUGUCCGAUUUGUCUUAAGGUAUUCCGGGAGAGUAAACUGGCCGAUAAGGAUGACAUCGGCGCACUAAGUGUUCUUGAGCAACAUGUUAUGGAAUGUCAGGAAAGAGCUAAAUUGCUUUCCGCUUCUCAGAACCAAGGUCAGAGUUUGGAUUCAAUAAAUCAGACCUAUAGCACCACGUCAGCCGUGUUUAAUCUUAAGGACGAACCAGGAUAUGAUGAAAACAGAAAGGACGAAUUUAAUGAAUCGUCGAAUUAUUCAAUAUUUGCAGACUACUCCACGUUUUAUAAUUCGACUAACGAAAAAAUGGAAAGUUUGUUUCAUGAAAACCUGAGACAAGAAAUCAAAGCUAAAAGUCUGUCAGAGGAAAUUGGUGUGCAAAAUAUACAAAAUGAAAAAGAUGAGGCGAAGAAUUCUAAAAAUAAGUCUAAUAGAAAUUUACCAUCUGGUGCCGCUCGCUCGGCCGGAAGAAAUAUAGAUCCGUUAGCGCAGGAUUUGAAAGAAGUAUCGGAGAAGCAGACUGAUACACCGUCUCCUAGUUCGAACACUAGGUUCCGGUCGAGUCCUGGUGACGUCACACUACUGGACUACUCGAGUUCCAGUAGCAACCCAAUCCAGAGCACACUUGAUCCAAUGUUAGAAGAGGAUACAGAUUCGAUAAUGCAGUCGCAGAUGAAGACAGCGGACGUUUCAGAAAUGACUGGGAGCUCAAAUAUUGCCGUUCAGGAAUCGAGAACAGAACUUGAAACGCCAAUUUACACACAGCCAGAAGAAAUACAUAAUCUUAAAUCGUCCCUCGAAGCCGCAUCAUCGGUUGCUCAGGAAAGCCGAAAAUCAAUGGUGAAACAAUACGCUUCUCCUAAUUCGAGUUCAGGAAUUGAGUUCCAACAUGCAACAGAGGAACCAGCUGAUGUCGAGGCUCAAAAUGCUCAAAUUGCGAACAGAAGAAAUGAAAACUUGCUCGAAGUGUACAGUGACGUGACGCCUGAAUUUCAAACCACGCCUAAUAUAUCAGUAGAAAAAGAAAAUGACGCUAAUACUAGCCUGAAAUCGUUCGAUCGCUCCGCGGAAUCCAGAAUGAAAACGUUGCCGUUUGUAUACAAGUAUCCGGACACGGCAGCUGAAAUGAAAAUAAAUUCUGAGUCUUCGAAAGUCGGCUCUUCUGAUAUUUCGUUUUCGUCUGACGAGCUUUUGAAUAUAAACUCGCCUUUGAAGGACUCACAGGGUAAUGAGAGUUCAAACAUAGAUGUUUCGGUUGUGCAAAGUGCCCUGGGAUCUGACCGAGUGUCAGCAGCGCAAUACGACGACAUCGAAACUCGCCAGGAUGCGCACAGCUCCAAACUUGAAGAGAAUUACGUAAUUGAGCAUGAGAAAAUUCUAGAAGAAAAAGAGCAGUUGAACAUUACUGUUAUACCGGAUGUUGACCUUUCUGAUUAUGACAAUUUUGAAAGAAAGGGUGAGGUGGUUCAAAGAGCUAUGCCGUGUCAAGUUGAGGAGAACUUGGAUGUUUUUGAAAGUCCUCGUGAACAGAAUGAAGGAAUUGUGCAGACAGCCCAUUCUUCUGAUCUCGUUGAACUAGAGCAAUUUGAAGAUGCUAAGCUGACCCAAGAGAGAACUCACAGCUCUAAUUUGAUUGUAAAUUCUCAUGAUCAGUCCAAUGAAGGUUCACUAGAUGAUGCCGAAGAGAAACCACAAUUGAAUAGAGACCAGGAAAAGAUAAUCGAAAUCACGAAAGAGGAACCGGUGGAAAAUUCGACAGACGGCUCAAAAGAGACCGGUUUGUACAGCAGCCGUUCGAAUUUUGAAACUGUUUCGCAACCUAAUUCCUAUCAGUUUAAAACGGGAGUUACCCCAAUACGAUCAACCAUUUCGACCUAUGAGAAACCCAAACUACCGCCGCUUCGUCUGGUCACCGACGAUGAUCCGCUUGUCACAAGAGAUGAUCCAAAACAGAAAGCAAUCACUGAAACCAAGUCUCCAAAUUUCAGCUCUGAUAUUUCAGAAGUUGGCGUAGUAUCUGCAGACCUAAAUUCCGGUCGUCAGUCUCCUUAUCAAAACUUGGGUUUCGAAUCCAACGAAGAAAAUGCGAGAAAUAUACAAGUCAGCUACGAUAAUGGGCCACCCGUUAGUCUGGAUCCGAAAGGUGUAGUCGAUCAAAGUCAACUGUCAUCGCCGUUCAAGAACUAUCGAGAUGUAGAAGACCCGUCUCUUACGACAACUUCUUACACCGGAACUGCAGAUAGUUUUGUGAGUGCAGAUUUUGAUGUCGGAAAAAUAGUGCCUCCCGAAUCUUCGCUGUCCAAUUUUUCAGAGGAUUCAAAUCGCAGUUCGAAUCGAAAAGGAUCUCUGACGCUGCUCAUGUCUGAGUUUGAGCGACUAGACGAAGUUCAAGAAUCAAAUCCUGAUGUUUAUUCGGGUUCAGUGUCUGUCAAUCCGACUUCUGAUAGCGUGAUGCGGGUUCCAAGUUCAAAAAGUGAUGGCUUGGAUCUUUCAAACGAUGAUGAAGACAGUUCCUUCUUUCAUGAGAACCUUGAAAAUUAGAAACGAAUUAGAGAAACCAAGUGAUCUUGUUAACAAAGUAUGAAUUUGAGUUUUGUUUUAUUCUUUGCCAAUUUUUUUUUCAAUUCUUAUU